UAACCAUCUACUUCACUCCUGUUAUGAAGCCAUCAAACAACCCCCAAAAUCAAAGCCUUAAGCUUAGAUUCCCAUCAAACCCCACUCCAAUUUCAACAACAUUAUGGUGAAAAAUGCAGACGAUAUCAGAGUAGAGAUGGAAGAGAGGCUAAUCAACGAAGAAUACAAAAUCUGGAAAAAGAACACACCCUUUUUGUACGAUUUAAUAAUCACACACGCCCUCGAGUGGCCGUCGCUCACCGUUGAGUGGCUGCCGGACCGUCAUGAGCCCGCCGGAAAAGACUACUCCUUUCAGAAGCUGAUUCUUGGGACCCACACAUCCGAUGAUGAACCGAAUUAUCUUAUGAUAGCUCAGGUUCAGUUACCGGUUCAAGAUUCUGAGUACGAUGCUCGUAAUUACGAUAAUGAUCGCUCUGAUUUGGGGAGUUUUGGGGGUGCUAGUACAAAGGUACAAAUAAUCCAGCAAAUAAAUCACGAGGGAGAGGUGAACAGGGCUCGUUAUAUGCCUCAAAACCCGUUCAUGAUUGCCACUAAAACAAUCAGUGAAGAAGUUUAUGUAUUUGAUUAUAGCAAGCACCCGUCUCUAGACGGAGAAUGCAGUCCUGAAUUGAGAUUGCGGGGCCACAAAACUGAAGGAUAUGGCUUAUCAUGGAGCAAGUUUAAGCAGGGCCAUUUGCUUAGCGGUUCUGAUGAUGCUCAAAUUUGCUUAUGGGACAUCAAUGCAGCUCCCAAAAAUAAGUCUUUGGAUGCUAUGCAAAUAUAUAAGGUUCAUGAUGGUGUUGUAGAAGAUGUCGCAUGGCAUUUAAGGCAUGAAUAUUUGUUUGGUUCAUGUGGGGAUGACCGACACUUGCACAUAUCGGAUCUCCGGUCUCCGUCAGUUACGAAACCUGUCCAAAGUGUAGAAGCUCACCAAAGUGAGGUUAACUGCUUAGCUUUCAACCCUUUUAAUGAAUGGGUUGUAGCAACCGGGUCAACAGACAAGACCGUGAAGUUGUUUGACUUGAGAAAGUUCCAGACGCAUCUCCAUAGUUUUGAUUUUCACAAGGAGGAGGUGUUUCAAAUUGGAUGGAAUCCACAGAAUGAGUCGAUUUUAUCUUCUUGUUGUGCUGGUAGGAGACUCCUGGUGUGGGAUCUUAACAGGAUUGGGCAGGAACAAACAAACGAUGAUGCUGUAGAUGGGCCACCCGAAUUGCUCUUUAUCCAUGGCGGGCAUACAAGUAAAAUUUCGGAUUUCUCAUGGAAUCCAUGUGAUGACUGGGUCGUUGCUAGCGUUGCUGAAGAUAAUAUACUUCAAAUAUGGCAGAUGGCUGAAAAUAUCUACCACGAUGAAGAUGAUAUGCCUGCAGAGGUAUCCGUAGAUAUGAACAUGUAGGAUUGGUUUCCGUUUAAUCCAAGGCAUGUUUACCUUCUUUCUCAUCCAUGGAUUUAUGUUGUGCUGUAAAUUAUAUACACAAUUAGGUAUUGAAAUUUUAGAGUAUAUUUUGUUAUGUUGCAACAGCAUUUGUAUAAUCUGACAUUUUGUUUAAUAAUUUUAUUUUUUUUCA